AUGGCGUUCGGUGACAUCUCGCUGCAGUUGCUGUCUAUUGGCGACACCUGCGAUCAGGCUGCCCUCCUUCUCGGUUUGGAGGGGGAUUCAGCAGUGUUCCAAAGUCUCUGGCAUCAUGAAACUUUCUUGGUUCAGCGUGGUGUCUUCACAGAUGGCAUCUGGACUUUGUAUGGGAUUGCUUUGGUUGGUUGGUCUUCAGGGCUUCCGGUGUUCAAGUGUACCGAUGCUACUUGUGCCAUUCGCAAACCACACCGGGAUUGCGCUGCGUAUCAGUCUUUGAAUGAAGUCUGUGCGGGCAUUGGUGGUAUGUCAAUCGCCGCCAAAGCCCUCCAGAUGAGCACAGGUUUUUGCUUGGACAAAAGUGAGCUUGCGUGCACGGUGUUAAGGCGAAAUGGACUUGUGGCAGUGCAAGGAGACUUGAACAACCGACAGGAUCGCAUUGCAUUUCAUCAGGCAGCCGGAGACAAGGCCAGCCUGUUGGUGGCAGGCUUCCCGUGCCAGCCCUUUUCAACGCAGGGCGACAGAGCAGGCAUGCUUGAUGCGCGCAGCAGCACGCUGCUGCAGGUACUCCGACUGGCCUGGCACAUGCAAGUUCCGGGUUUAGUCUUGGAGUGUGUAGCUGCAGUGCAGGAUUUCCCAGAAGCCAUGCAGGCCAUUCAGCAACUUGCACUUAAGUUGGACUAUUCCUUCGACCAAGUAGUACUUGAACUCGCGGACCAGUGGCCCUGCAAGCGUAAGCGGUGGUGGGGAGUUCUCCUGCCCAAGCUCGAGCAUCAACUCCACCUUUGUGCCUGGCCUCUUUCUACAGCACAUCCCUGCAUCAAAGAUGUCAUUCCAGAGUGGCCCUGCUGGCCAACAGAGCAGAUCCACGACCUUGAGUGGACGCAGCAGGAAGCAGAGAUGUAUGAAGAUGCACAGUUCGGCACCGACUGCCGCCGAUACGAUGCCAAUGGCGUGGCACCAACGGCAUUGCACAGCUAUGGCUGUGCGCUACGGCCAUGCCCCUGUGGGUGUCGCACGCAGCCUCUUUCCCUGCAGCGGCUGAUGAAUGGAGGCUUCCGUGGAGUAGGUGUGAUUGAUGUCACUACCUCGCAGCUACGAUUUGCACACCCAUCCGAACUAGGCCUGCUCAACACAAUUCCUGUUGACUUCUGCUACGCAGACUCUGCCAGAGAUUCGCUCUGCCUGGUUGGACAAGUUGCGGCGCCGUUGCAAGCACUGUGGGUCUUUGCCCACAUUGCAGUCUGGACACAGGCGAACUACCAAACUCAGGUUGAACUGCAGCCGCUUGCAGCAAUAGCACAGUUCAAGCAAUCGCUGCUGAACCAGCGACAAGAUCUCUGGCUUACCAGAGAUAUGCUGCAAGGUCUCCCUGUUCAGGUGGAACUGGACGGCCAUGCCAGCUUCUUCCCCGCCACUGGGAGGCUGACAGCAGGCCAGCUGUGUGCCGCGGAACAACACCUGCACGGGCCGGGGCACAGGAUUGAAAUGUUCCAAGGUGACAGGCGAUUGCCCAUGCAGGCCUUGCUUCACCCCAAUGAGCCAGGUUAUCGUCUCUCAAUUUCGGCUAAACGGCAGAAGCGCGAGCCGGAACUAGUAGACUGCUACGUCUGCACAGAGACGGAAAUCCUUGUCAAUGCGGUGCCUACCGGCACUCUGCUUGGCCAAUUGCCCUGCCUCUCUGCCAUAGACUGUAGCGUGUUGCACCUGAUGCCAGAACAAACGCCAAUCACAACGGCCUUUCGCAUUGAAGCACCCUGUCUGAUCGAUGCCAGGGAAAUGUGUGCUGUUCCACAGUCCCCAGAAUUCCUUGGCGAUCUUGGCAUUGCUUGCUUAUUGCGUGAGUUCACUGAGCGGACAGCAGCACCAGAUGUACUUAUGCUUGAGCCUCGCUUCGCCUCGCUGCUUUCGCUUUUGGCUUCGGUUGACGGCUACAGCCUCCUUCGGGAUUUGGUGCCAGAGCAUGUCGGCACAGUGGUAGCAGUUGCCGCCUCAAGCGCGCACUGGUAUGUCUUGCUGCUAAGCAAAGAGGACCAGGGUGUUUGUGCCACCAUUCUAGAUCCACUGCCCAACCGCUCGCAUGUAGAGGGUGCCAAGCUUGCACAAGACCUCUGUGAUCAUUGGCACUUGCCGCUCUGCCUGGUUGAGCAAGACUCCUGGAUUGACUGUCCGGUUGUCAAUUGUGGAGCUGCGGCGCUUGCUCAUGUCAUGUUGUUCCUUGGUUUAACUGAGGAGGCGACUCCACAGCUAAUGCAAGAUCUGCGAGACAGGGCAUUUUGGUUUCAAGGCGACCGCGCCUUACAUGUGGGUGCCGGCCUCUCUGACCUGCAAAAGGCCCAGCUUGCCACACUCCUUGCAGAAAGGGGAGUCCCCAAGGAGGUCGCGCCUGCACGGGUAGAUGCCGCUGUUAAGCAGAUUGGAGCCAACAGGCUGGCUGAGGCGCUGCAAGCCCGCAACCCUUGGGCUGUACUCAAGGCCUUGGGUUCGCAGCCCAGCACCAAUUUCAAGUGGGUCAAGUCGGAUGAGCUAGAGCAGCACAUCAAAGAGCGUGCCGGGGCCAAGUUUGGUGCAGACACCUCCUCUGCUAUGGCCAAACGAGGCAAAGCAAGAGGAAAAGGAGCUCCGAAGGUGCCCCCGCAACUUGAGCCGAGCUCACUGCAGCUAGGGGCGAACAUCUUUGUUGAUAGUGAAGGUGAAGCCGUGCCGGUCCUGGCGUUCAAAGAUGUUACCUCGCAUGCCAAGGGCGUUGCUAUCUGUACACCAGCAGAGGCCGCGCCUUACCUCUCCCCCUACCGUUCCAUCAGUGUCGAGCCGCUUGCAAUUGUCACCACCCUGCAACUCCCAGCAGCGCAGCUUGAGGAGGCGCAAACACGCACCAUCCGUUUCCCAGUUCAGUACGUGCCAACAGGUGAGGCCAUCCUCAUGGUGGGCACGCUCAUUCAGCUUGGAGACUGCCCAGUGGAGCUUGCACAGGCGACCAUUGAGGAAGUAGAAGAGGUGCAUACCGGCGUCAUGAAGGUUCAGGUCUAUAGAGAUCAGUUUCCGGGCAGCUGGGAUCAGUUCAUCGGAGCUCCAAUCAAAGCUAUUAUGUUGCAUGAGCCGCUGCUUGUUCUAUGCAAGGGCCAGCGUUGUGGGCCCCAGUGCCAAAAGUACCACCCACCGCUGGAGGAUGCGCCGGAUGCAGUCAUUCUUGACAUCUGGGCCAGGCGCUUUCAGAAUCUAGCGGGUAACAAGUCCGAGGCGGGGAAAGCUGAAGUCUUUCAAGCUUUCAUCCGUGUGCCAGAGGCUGCUGUCGAUUCACUCCAGCAGGUUGAUAAACCCGGGCUCUAUCUGGAGCCCCGCGCACCGCAAGGACAACCGGGGGCACAUCCCGCAUACGAGGUCAUUUGGUUGCCAGGUGCCGACUUCCACACAGCCACGCACGCGCUGCGUACUUGUGACCAUGCGCUGGCCAUCAUCCGGCUCGGCACAAAGUACGGCAUCAGAGUAAGGGAACAAUAUGCAGAGGCCGCCUUCAAGGAGCUUCGGCCCGAUCAUGUCUUUCAGAAAGUACGGGUCCUGCUAAAGCACCGUUUGCAUCCGCUUCCUUUCGGCAUUACGCGUCAAGGUGUUGCGAAGCUGCUUGAACAAUGGCAGUGGCACGCUAGACCGUUGCAACCGUGCCGCGGAGACUCACAAGGAGCAGCCUGGGAAAUUGGUUCCGAGCAACCACCGCCUUCUAUGGCCCUGUCUGUGGGUAGUGGCUUUGCCCUUGCUUGCAAAAUCAAAGACCUUGCGGCGCCCGCCAGCAAGACUGCAGACAUCCUUGCCUCCGCCCGCACCAAGCGUCACAUGGCUGAUGGUGCCUCGACAGCCAGCUCCACGGCCGAUCCGUGGGCCGGUGGAAAUGACCCCUGGUCUCAAUACCGUCAGCUCGGCCCUCCUCCAGGUCUCGAGAAAGUCCAGCCCAGCAUGGAGGUUGAUUCGCAAGAAUCGGCAAAGCCACUAGUUACAAAGAAACUACAGCAAGUUGAGGACAAACUGCGAGCAAACAUGGAGCAGGCAGUGAAAAUGCAGUUUGAACAACACAAAGCAGACUCACAGGAUCAAGCAGAUUCCGAGCAGGAGCGCAGGAUGCAGAAGCUCGAGGUUGGCCUGGCUGAGCUCCAGCAGCAGAACACAAAAUUUGAGGGUUGGUUUCAGUCUUUUGGCACGCAGGUUGACCAGAAUGCGCAGGAGCUGAAAGGCCUCCAGAAUGCGGUGCAGCACCAACAGGCCGAGCUGAUUGCGGUCCAGGAUCAGGUUGCGACCCAAGGUCAGCAGGUUCAGCAGACAGUUGCCCAGGCUGUGCAGGUGCUCCAGCAAGACAUGACAACCCAGCUCUCCACGCAACUGGGUGCACAGCUUGAGCACAUGAAGUUGCUCUUCCGCGGACUGUCUUGUGCUUUCAGCCGCAUCGGAGAAGCUGCCAAUCCAGGGCCAUCGGCCGGUGUCAGGAUUUCAACCACGAAUCCAUCCGGGUUGCGUGGUAAGGAAGCAAUAGUAGUUGAGUUGGGUGCCGGAAUCAGCCUGCUCUCAGAAACCCAGCUGUCAAGUGUCACUCAGCCACCUUGUCGUGCCUCUUUCCGUGCUCUUGGGUGCGAGCAACACAGGGAGGUGCGAACACACUUUGGAUCACCAGCACCGCUGCGCACGCAUAGUGCCUGGGCUGGUGCAUGGACAGGAGUUGCCACUGUUUCGGAUUUCCCGUCCCAGGAUGUCCAGAUCACCUGGCCAGAAGCCGUUUAUGAAUCGGGCCGCGCGCAGAUUGUUCGGCAUGCUGUUGGGGAUUUGCCCUUGAUCUGUGCUAAUGUGUAUGGGUUUGCACGUGGCCAGACGCACGAGGCUGCCCUGCAGCAAACCAACGACCUGCUUGUCCCACUCACCAAGGAGCUAGUUUUGGGCCGUCGAGGGCCCCGCAUCAUUGGAGGCGACUUCAAUCAUGAUGCCGAGUCUCUCCAAUGCACACACAUCUGGAGGAACCAGGGUUGGUGUGAGGCCCAGGAGCUCCGUCUUCAACGAUGGCAAAUCCCCCUCGAGCCAACCUGCAAAGGUGCUACCAGGCGUGACUUUUUGUGGCUGUCGCCAGAAGCCGUUGCAUUGUGCACAGGUGUCAGGGUUGAGCAUCAUUUUGCCGAGCAUGCAACGCUUUCCGCGGAGCUGACAGUUCCAGACAAUGGCCGCUCCAUCACCACGUGGCCUAGACCCCAGGAGCUCCCGUGGCAAGAGAUUGAUGUUGAAGCCUGGCACGCCGCAGAAGUCCACCAUGCGCCAGCUGUCCAGGGCAACCUUACUAACUGGUACGCCCAGUUCUCCAACGCCUGGGAGCGAAGCCUCUCAAGCUUUGUUCCGGGGGCUCCGUCCCAACAACCGCCUAAGACAGCACUCGGCAGGGCUCAACGACUACAGCCGUCAAUUGGCCAAAUUCAGCCGUCUCUCCCGAAGCCAAGCCGGGCAGGCGAAGUUCAGAUGGCUAAUCAACUACUGGGCAGACAGACCAAACAGUGGUUUCAGCAACUCCGACGUCUCCAGUCGUUGAGAGAUGCCCUACGUGCGGCUUCGCAGAACCAUAAUGCCGUUGAAUAUCGUGCCAAUUUGUGGCGCAGUAUUCUGCGAGCCAGUGGCUUUGAGGCCAACUUCUCUCUCUGGUGGAGCCAUCGACCAAUACAGCUGCAAGGUACUCCCACAUGCCUCCCAUCUGCCCCAACCGCAGCACAAGUGGAGCUUAUCUUUCAGGACUUUCAUGCCAACUACAAAACUUUCGAGUCCUGGCAAAUUCGGCAACGCAGCCGAGUGCUGGCAGCAAAGCAUGAGGAAUGCCUCACCAAACUCUACACUGAGUUGCGCCAAGAGAAGCCAGCGCCGCUGGAUACUCUCACCAUUACCCGCACCUACGAGGUCCUGGCGGCAGAUGAGGCAAGCUCACAAUUUGCAGUAGAGGGUCACUUGGACAGUCGUGGCCAUUCAGAGUGGCAGUCCAUGGGGCUGCAGAUCCAUGUUGUGAGCACGGAUGGCCCAGUGGGCACUGUUGAAGGACCUCUCCCAGCACCAGGCUCUGAACUUGAGCAAAAGCAGUUCCUUUACCUUCCAGAGCAUGUUCUUUUUGAACUCGAGAGCCUCUGGCGGCCGCGGUGGUGCAAAGGUGUCCUGCCUUCUUCUUCCGACUGGGAGCGAGUUGCAGCCUUCACUGAGCACUUUUUGCCGCAUGCCAGUUUUCAAAUCCCGCCCAUUUCUGUUCAGAUGUGGAGACGUGCAGUAAGGCGUCUCAAGACCAGAGCAGCCCGAGGCCCGGAUGCCUACUCCAGAGAAGACCUCCUUCAGAUGCCAACUGCCCGUGUCGAGCAGCUGCUCGAAGCACUCAGACUAGUUGAGGCUGGCCAGCCCUGGCCACAGCAGCUCUUGCAUGGUUUUGUCUGCUCUACACAUAAGGGCAAGGGCAGAGAAGGGCCGGAUGCAUACAGGCCAAUUUGUCUGUUCAGCAUUGUGUUCAGGGUGUGGGCUUCCAUCAGAGCCAAACAAGUUCUUGAGCACUUGGAGAAGCACAUGCCGCACGAAGCUUUCGGCUAUCUCCCCGGCCGUGAGGCUGCAGAUCUCUGGUUCUUACUACAGGCACAGAUUGAACGUUGUUUGCAGACCGGGGAGACCAUGGUGGGAUACUGCGGAGACCUGGUCAAGGCAUUCAACGGUCUUCCACGUUUUCCUAUCUUCCGGGCAGCAGCGCAGAUCGGAGUACCUCCGGAGGUGAUGGCCCCGUGGAGUGCUUUCAAUGCCGGGGUUCAGCGACAUUUUCUUGUCAGAAACGUGGUAGGGCAGGCAGUCCCUUCAACUAGCGGUUUAGUAGAAGGGGACCCGAUGUCGGUUGCGGGCAUGACUGUCGCAGACUUCAUGUUUCAUGUGUACAUGCGGCAUUUUGCACCGCAAGUGUGUGCCUCGUCCUACGUGGACAAUCUCAUGGCCACCGCCUUCGAUCUUCUCACUUUGGCUCGGGGCCGCUUCUUUCUAGAAUGCUUCUGGGAUAUGAUGGGGCUGGAGCUUGAUGAAGACAAGGCCUAUCAUUGGGCCCUUCGAGCAGAUGAUCGUCGGAAAAUGCAAAGCCUCGGUCUGCGAGUGCUUCGCCACGAGCGAGAGCUCGGCGGCUUUUUCUCGUUCGGUUCGCAAGCCUUUGUCAAGGACUUGGUCAGCAGGCUGCAGUCGCUGUCGCCGCUAUGGUCCCACCUGGCGCGUAGUGCCGCCCCCGGCUGGCGCAAGUUGCAGGCCCUACCGUCCAAGUUCUGGAGCCGUGCCCUACAUGGAGCAGUUGGCUGUGUUUUCUCUGAAGCACACUUGAAUGCAUUGCGUGCCAAGGCUGCCAGAGCGCUAGGCUACAACAAGGCUGGUUCAAGCUCGCAGCUUGCUCUGUUCCUCUCCUCCACGCCGGAGGCCGAUCCCGGCUACUACAAUGUGUGGCGCACCAUCUCGGACUUCAAGCGCUUGCUGGUUAAAGAUCCGGUGCUAGUCGAACUCUGGCGUUCCUUUGUGUCAGACUUCGAUGGAAGAUUUCGCACAGGGCCAUUCUCCAAGCUCCUGCAGGUGGCGGAUCGCCUUCAUUGGGCUUUCCAUGAUCCUCCUCGUUUUCUGGAUCACUUUGGUGCCACUCAUGACCUCUUGUCACUGUCGUGCUGCAGCCUCAAAUUUCUGGUGAAGGAUGCCUGGGCGCAGCAUGUCUUGGCUGGUCAUGCACAUCGGGAGACCAUGCAGGACAUUCAGACGGUUGAUACGGGCUUGGUUUUCGAGUCACUGAGAGGGCUCAGUUCCUUGGAGGUGAAGUGGCAACGGAACAUCCGUUCCGGAACAGCAAUCACGCCAGCGCAGCAGAGCAAGUUUGAUUUGACGCAGCCAGCCCUGUGCACUCAGUGCAACUGCACUGACAAUGUGGCCCACCGUGUGUUACACUGCCCACGUUUUGCAGAGUGCCGGGUGGACUAUGAAUGGGUCGUGGAGGAAGCCGUCAACCUCCCCAAGGCGUUAGUUUGUCACCUGUUGCCACCGCGUCAUGCCAACUUCGGCCUUCUGAGAAUCAUGCUGGAAAAUCUUCCAGACCUGACCCGCAGCUACCAUGUUGCGAGACCGCCAGUCCAAUAUGUGAAGCUUUUCACGGAUGGUUCUGGGCUCUACCAAGAUUUGCCGGGUCUGGAGCUUGCUGCCUGGGCAGUGCAGUGUCCAGAUAUUGGUGGCCCGCUGGCCAGUGGCCCAGUGUGUGGAGCGGAUCAAUCGGUUCCCCGUGCAGAACUCACAGCGGCUGUCAGCGCCCUGAACUGGGCCGCUCAAGAGCCCGUCAGGGUCGGACUGUGGAGCGACGCUAUGUAUGUGGUGGAGGGUUUGAAGCGCCUGCAGCAAGGUCUUCCAAUCCGGCACACGGCGCAACAUCGUGAACUCUGGGAAGAAGCUGAGAGUUUGGUGCAGCUAUUGGCCGAUCGGCUUACGGUCAACCAUGUCAAGGCUCACGAAGAAUCGGCUGAAGCCCCUGGUCCUUACGAAGCCUGGUGCAUUGAGUGGAACUCGGCCGCGGACACAGCGGCAGGUCUUGCAAACGCCAACCGCCCUCAGGCCUUUCACCAGCUACAUGCCGCACUACUUCAUGACCGCGUGUGUCAAAAAUCCAGACUGCAAGCACUUCAGGGCAUUCACUUCCGUAUCGCCAGCCAGACGAAUCAAGACCGCCUUGUGGUGCGAGAGUCGGAAGAUGUAGAGUUUGAGGAAGCUGUGCUGCAGCCUCCUACAGCUGAGCAAGUGGACGGGUUUAGUGACAAUUUUGCGCCCAACUGGCGCCAAGCAGUCAGGCCUCUCAAAGGGGGGCUGACCCGAGAGGUGAUUGUUGGAAUAAUGGAUUUUGUUGUCGCCAGGGAUGAGGGCGCGACUGACAGGGUUGUUUUCUCUUGGAUCGAGGUUGCGUUCUGGGCCGAGGUUGUGAGGAAGGACAUCCUCGAUCUGACUAGUGUCCGUAGUUUUAGGAAGGUCGCUGACUUGGCAAGGGCCAUGCCACGACCUUAA